UGUUGGGAUAGCCUGGAAUCCCUUGGCAUCCACGAAUAUAUGCUACUGAUCUAAGACCAGGUUUAUUUGUUCAUGCAUGAUCAACAAAUGAAGACUAGCCUACUUGCAAAUGUGCAAUGAUGUAAUAGCUUUGCGUAGCUUGUUCCAACUCCGGGAGCUGUCCACAGAGUCCGCUAGCCUCCCCCCAAUGCUCUUUCAUCAGACACCCACCGCUCCUCUUCCAGUACACCACGUGGAGCGGUGUAUAUGAUAGUGGUGUUGUAUGGACGCAAGAUGCUUAUUAUCACACAUACAUAUAUUGUGUUACCCAGUGAGGAGAGGGGGACGUCUCAAUGCACUGUGCAAACAUCCUACUUCCUAUAUACCCAUCCAAAACAGGUGUUGUCAAUCACAAGACUGGCGGGAUUAUGGAAACGCACUCAUUAUUAUUUUAUCUGAAGAGCAGCUCUUGAGUAAAGAAAGAUGAUGAGAAUAUUUGGACAGGUCUUAUGUAAGAGAGGUUUAUGUAUCCUAGAAUUGUAUAGGCGUCAUGUAUCCGACUGCACAGUCACGUGGACACAACAAGCGUCCAUAUGUCAAGAAGAGCAACGCCUUCACCUGAAUGAGCCUCUCUCACAGAUGCCCUAACUACGUCGACCGGCCAUGGUUGUAAUAUUUACUAUUGAUUGGCACACUAUGAGGUGUUCAAUCUGAAAAUCAACUCUUCGGCAUAUACACGUCGUUCUAACCGGACCAUCCGUAUGCGAAUGGGAUUCGGUAUGAAAAUGCGUGUUGGAGAUGUAGGCUAAUUCUAAAGGAACCUUCAACUAUUCUGAACAUCAGCACAGAAGGAGAUUUUACACUGUGAACAAUCAACCAGCACAGCCAUGGCCUCCCUCUGUGGUCUGUUGCCAAGGGGAACAGUCCUUGCUGAACAAUAGAAAUAUAGAGCUAAGGAAAGACGGAGAGACAGAGCAGCCUUGAGGUACAGAAGAAGAGAUGGUCGUCACUGACAGGAGUUCGAGCACUCCUGUGCCCAAGAAGCAGGAACCAAAGAAGAAGAAGAGGAAGUCCCGCCCCCAUGGCCUGCCCUCCCCAGCGUUGUGCUGCGCAUGCGGCCUGUGCAUCAUGCUGGCAGGCAUCAACAUCACCCUGGUGGGGGCAUUCGCCUUCAGCACCUUGGUGCCCUCUGCCAACCCUCCCAUCAUCAUAGGGCCCAUCCUGCUCCUGGUGGCCUUCUCUUUCUUCGGCGCGUGCUGUGUCUGCAGCCGCCUGCCCCCCGCCCAGGGCUCCCGGAGAUCGAAGGUGGGCGGGAGGAGCAUGGGGAUGAUGGGGCGGGGAGGUUUAGCUGGGGGAGCGACGUUUGAGAUCGAGACAAGUGAGCACACUUUGCAGGACACCACGGCAGUACAGCUCAGCCCCUCGGCCUCACCGGGGUCAUCACGGGCGUCCAGCCCCGAACGGGAUGCUCCUGACCCCGCCCCCCCAGGGACCUGCAAGCUCUUCACCAUGGAGACCAAUGGCCCCACCUCCGCCACGGCCUACUACUCUGCCUCCUCGGCCGGGGGAGGGGCUGUGAGGCUCAACCUGCCACGUGAUGAUAUGGCCACCUAGCACAGCCCUGACUUACGCACUGAAGCAAGAGCCUCAUGCCCCAGGGGACUGAUGCAAAACUAUGUAAAUAUGAACUAGGAUUGAUGCUAUACAGACAGUGUUUCAGUGUGUCUAGCCAUUUUGUGUAGUGCCAUUUUUCAUGUUUCUGACAAGCUAUCGGCGUUUUAUUGCAUUUGUUUUUGUUUUUUCCAACAGCCAAACAGUAAUUAGCAUGCAAUUCAACGUUGAAGGAACGUGGGUGACGGUUUCGUUGGAAUUGAUGUUCCUACCUCCUCAGAACUGUUCUCUUUAGAAUCCUCUCUUAACAUGCAUGGGGCAUUAUUAUAAGCAGUUUCUAACCGGAAAGCAAAAUGAGAGAAUUGAAGCGUUUUCUCUGUGGCAUUUCUGAGGGGUAAAACAAAGUGAUGUGUCCCUUUUCUUUGACCGUCUGGACCUCAGUGAUGGACAUUUCAGCCGAUUACUCUGACGCAACUUUGUUGUUGUUGCCAGAACUGAAAGGUUUGACACGAAAUGGCAAUGAGUUUAAUGCUAUCAUUUAAAUACUUAGUGAUGUUUGACAUUACAGUAUGUGCUGCUUUGGUCUUAACUUAGAUUCAAAGAUGGGGUCGCAAGAUUCCUUUGCAAUAUAAUCUCAACUGAAAGGAUCAGCAACAGAGGACUAAUAUGAAUUUUUCCUCAAUUGUUUCUACAGACAAAACAUUAUGGAUGAUAUGCUGUGUACAUCAGUGGUUGGCAACAAGUGGCCUGCGGGCCAAAACUGGGUCGCAAGUGAUUCGUUUUUUGGAACCAGAAUUUUUACUACAAACAUAGAAAUGCACCAUUUUCACAUACAGUGGCAAGAAAAUCCUUUGGAAUUACCUGGAUUUCUGCAUAAAUUGGUCAUAAAAGUCGUAACAAUAAACAAACAGUCUGCUUAAACUCAUAAACAAUUAUAUGUACUCAUGUCUUUAUUGAAUACACUGUGUACAUAUUUUUUUUACCGUUAUUUAACUAGGCAAGUCAGUUAAGAACAAAUUCUUAUUUUCAAUGACGGCCUAGGAACAGUGGGUUAACUGCCUGUUCAGGGGCAGAUUUGUACCUUGUCAGCUCAGGGGUUUGAACUCUCAACCUUCCGGUUACUAGUCCAACGCUCUAACCACUAGGCUACGCCUUCGCCCUGUGUAAAAAUUCACAGUGUAGGGUGUAAAAAGUAUGUGAACCCUUGGAUUUAAUAACUGGUUGACCCUCAUUUGGCAGCAAUAAACUCAACCAACUUUUUCUGUAGUUGGGGAUCAGACCUGCAAAAUGGUCAGGAAGAAUUUUGGACCACUUUACGAAACUGUUUCAGUUCAGCAAUAUUCUUGGGAUGUCUGGUGUGAACUGCUCGAGGUCAUGCCACACCAUUUUAAAUCAGCUUGAGGUCAGGACUCUAACUGGGCCACUUAAGGUAUAUUUUCUUCUGUUGAAGCCAUUCUGUUGUUGAUUUACUUCUGUCUUUUGGGUUGUUGUCCUGUUGCAUCACCCAACUUCAGUUGAGCUUCAAUUGGGGGACACAGCCUUACAUUCUCCUGCAAAAUGUAUUGAUAAACUUGGGAGGUAAUUUUUCUGUCGACGAUAGCAAGCUGUCCAGGCCCUGAGGCAGCAAAGCAGCCCCAAACCAUGAUGCUCCCUCCACCAUACUUUACAGUUGGGAUGAGGUUUUGAUGUUGGUGUGCUAUGCCUUUUUUUCUCCACAGUUGUGUGUUCCUUCUAAACAACUCAACUGUUUCAUCUUUCCACAGAAUAUUUUGCCAGAAGCGCUGUGGAACAUCCAGGUGUUCUUUUGCGAACUUCAGACAUGCAGCCAUUCUUUUUUUGGACAGCAGUGGCUUCUUCCGUGGUGUCCUCCCAUGA